AGACAGAGAGCACUUGUAGAAUACGAAGAGAUAGGACCAAGAGGAUGAUACUUAAAGAAUAAGUACAGCAGAAACACCACUUUUCAAACAGUGAACAGAAACAAAACCACCUCUGACAACAGGGGAUGACCAAGUUUGGAAAAUGAGAAAUAGUUCCACCAUUCUUCACAGAAGAAGACAUCAUGUCUAAUUCAACUAACGCAACAUUUGUAUGUGUACCAGGCAGUCUUUGUGAGGUGCUUUUUUAUGAAGUCGAACUGAUUGUCAUUCCGGUGCUGUUUCUGCUGGCUUUUCUUGUCACGCUGAUCAUUUUGUUCGUGCUCAAAUGCUCCCACAAGCCUUCACAUCAUUAUGACAACCACAAAAAUGAAAAAGAUGACACACAACAACAUCAUAACACAUACAGGCACCGUAACAGCAACAGACGGCACCUGCAAGGCAUUGACGCUCCAGCGGAGCUGAACCCACUGGAACAUGAGGUUAUUCCCAUGACCGCCCAACCUCACCAUGACAUGCAGAAUUCAAGCCCUGCAGUACCUCAGGAAACCACCGAGAGGCAUCCAGGCUCCUUCCAGCUGGUCUCUCCACUUCCUCUCACCUUCUCAGUAAAACAAGACAACAUCUUCACGUUGCACAGAGCUGUCAUCGACAGACAGCCAGUCAUUUUACGAGUGCUUAAAGAAUCAGCCAAUGACAGGGAGCGCCAGUCUUUUCUGGGGUUUGCUCACUUCUUUUCAGAGUUGGGGCCGCAUCCAUCGCUGCCCAGACAGCUGGGGGUGGUCAGCAUGCAUACACCCUUGAUGACUGCAGUAGAAGAGCUGGAACAUCGAGACCUGCUGAGCUUCCUGUGGAGGUGUAGACAGGACCAUACAGGUCGGGAGUCACCAUGUGACAUGACUGAAAGGCGAAUCUUUACCAUGGGCGCUCAGAUCGCAUCUGCUCUGGAGUAUCUGCAUAGUAAGAGCUACAUCCAUGGCAGUGUGAAAGCUAGAAGCAUCCUGGUUGGUCGGGAUUUGUCAGUCAAGCUGUGGGGUUUGGGUUCAGCAUAUCGCAGAAAAACAAAUACAGGCUCUGUAGAAGAUGUGGAAAUGAGAAAGUGGCAAGCUCCAGAAGUGUUAGCACGACAACCUCUCCAGCAAAGCAGUGACGUAUGGUCCUUUGGCAUUUUGUUGUAUGAGAUGGUGACAUUAGGAGACCCACCCUUUCCCAAUAUCAUGGCCAGCGAACUUCUGCAGCAUUUACAGAGAGUGAACACACUAAAGAGACCACCAAAUUGCUCUAAUAUACUAUACUCCAUUAUCAAAUCCUGCUGUCAGUGGAAACCAAAGGAUCGCGUCUCAUUGGCUGAGCUGAUCAGAAAGCUCCAAUCAGGAGAGAGAAACGCCAAUGAUCAGGCAGUGCUGCGAGUGUCUGAGCCGCUGGACAUGGAGAAAUACAUGCGGGAAGCAGGCUAUGGAGAAUCAGUCAACUAUGCUGUGCUCUAAUGUUCCUUUUUAUGUCAGUCAAAUCUAAGACUCACCAAAAGAGCUGCAUAUUAGCUAUGAAAAAGUGAGCCGUCAAGGUUUGAGAUUAGCACUUUAAAAGGAUUACAGAAUGUCACUGGUUACAGACAGUGACAUCACUGUUAAUUUUAAAGAAGAACAUUAUCUCAUCAAACAUGUGAUAUUAUUCAGGAUUUUAGUUUAAAAAUAAAGGUUGAAAGGUUAAUUGUAACACUGUAGAGAACGAGGGGAUGUUACGUAAAAUAUGCAACAGCGAAAGAUUGUGUCAUACACAUGCAUAAAUAUGCAGCUAAUAGACAAAAGCUACAAUAUAAACGUAUAAAACAACACGCAAACAAACAUUAUUUAUAACACGAUCAUUAUUAUUAUCAUUAUUUAUUUAGAUUGGACUAUAUUGUACUGUAAUGUUUACAGCCUAACGUUACUCCUCUAAUUCAGAUGAUUUAUUAUUGGUAUAUUUAUUGGUAACUGGAGACUCUAUUGCAUUAUAAUGAUGCAUGUACUUAAAAUACACUAUUUAUUUAUGUACAUUUACUUUUUUCAGUUUAGUCAUCAUCGGUGCAGUUGUAAAUAAUGGUUACCCGACCUUUUAAGUCUACUUUUAAAUAUUUGGUUUUCCACUUACAUCUUUAAGUCUGCGGUGUUUCCUUGAGGAAAACUACAGUUGGUUUUGUAAUAGCCCUUCAAUAAUUGAGAUUUCAUCUGUAUUUUGUCUAAACAUGAAAGCUUCUCUUCACCUGUUGUUAACCAGAAGCACGCUUGAUGACGCGUAUGAGUGAUACUAAAAUCUGAUUGGCUUCAAAUCUUAUUUUUGAUGAUGAUUGGUUAUUUACGUGGAACGACGCUAACGGAGGCAAAUGACGCGGCGUCAUUUGAAUCUCAGUCCAGUCAUUAAAAAUACUUUUGUUAUCGUAAAAAUACACACACAUAUAUAUAUAUACACACUGCGUAAACUUAGUUAUCUUGAAUAUGUGUUUGUGAUGACAAUUACUAUAGGCAGCUCCAAAAUACCACAACAAAUACCACAAAUGUGACCCUGGACCACAAAACCAGUCAAAAAAGCAGCACGGGUAUAUUUGUAGCAACAGCCAAAAAUAAAUUGUGUGGAUCAAAUGAUCAAUUUUUCUUUGAAGCCAAAAAUCCUUUGGAUGUUAAACAAAGAUCAUGUUCUAUGAAGAUAUUUUAUAAAUUUUCUACUGUAAACUUAAUUUUUUAUUAGUAAUAUGCAUGUAUAUAUUAACAUCAGGCAUGUGUUUUUGCUUUAGAAAGUUUUUGAGGCUUUACUGUUAGCACAAUGUCAGCUCUAAACUCCUAGAUGAUACAAGUUAAAGUAGUAUGGUAGUAAAGUAGGUGUUGUGAGUAGGGUAAUCUGAGCCUGGGGGUAAGUUGGGCCAGAUGCUCACCCCUUCUUAUGAUUAUAAAUGAUUAUUUUACUGUGAUUCUACAUUACUUAUCUUUAAUUUUGUGCCAAACAUGUUUGAUUUUCUUUGUCUUGAACUUACGUUUUGUUCUAAAAUUUUAAACAGGCCUUGUUUAUAAAAAUUGUCCAAUAAAGUGUUUAUAAAAAUUGUAUUUCCCUGCAACAUUUAGGAGUGGGAUGUUGAGUUCUGUAAGGUCAGUUGCAGUCUUUAUUUUUAAAUUCUUCAAUUUGAACUUUAUUUUAUUCUGAUUUUUUAAAAUAAUCUUAAAUAGUCUUUAAAAUUGUGAACUGUACCUUUAAAUAAAACUUUUAAAAA